AUGUCUGGUAGUGCCUUUCCGCAUCGAAGGCAAGAGGAGGUUCAUCUGUUCAGUGUAAUGAAACAGCCAGAGAAAUCGCUACCGAUAGAUGAAAACUGGACAUCAUGCGAGGAGGUUCUGCCACACACUCUUUUCUCACGCCAUAAUCAGCAUAUCAAUCGCGACACCGCUUCUGAUAACCGCAACUCCACGUCUAGUGCGGCCGAGCCUCGCAAAGGACCAAGCAUCUCCGUUACGCCGCCCAAUGAUUCGCCUACGGCUCACCACGUAUCAAGCUCCUUCUACCGCAUCGGGCCCGACUCCACGGGGAAAGCAUUGGGCGAGAUCCCGCAGACCGCCGCUCGUUCGCCUGUGCAGUCCGGUUGGAUAUAUUACACAGAUCCACCACCGAGUAGAGGUCGCUCAAGGUCUCCUGCUGGCGUCUUACUAGAUCAAUAUCGCUCACUCAGUUCAAGCACUGCUAACAGGCGGUAUGGUGUGAUCGAUCUUACGAAUCUGAAAAACGCCCUCGACGACCGUCAUCCGAGCAUGCUGGUAGUUGAGACUGGAGAACAGCAUGACGAAGGAGCAAUGGACGCAGGCCACUGCAGUUGUCCUGACAGAGUGGUCAUCCAAAGGAAUCCAGAACCCGCACAACAAUAUCAGGCUGCGAGCGAUGCUCCGCCUAUAGCUUCUGACCGCGAUCAUCAUGUACCUGCGUUCCUUGAUGCAGAUAACUCGGAGGUUUUCAAACGGGAAAACCUCCAGAGUGGAGACACAACAAUCAGCAACGCCAUCACACCCAUAGGCAAGUGGCGCUGUUGUGAAUGUCAAAGAGGGCACGACAUUUACCGAUUCGACGCGACCGAGCAUCUGAUUAGUAUCCUCAACUGUUUGUGCAAGCAUCGCUCAUGCAAGAGCUGUGCUUUCCAAGGCAACGUCAAGCGAUUUGCCCCGAUAGACGAUGUCGCGGGCGUGGCAUCCGUUCCAGUCGCUCAAGGAGAUGGCAAGAACCAUCGCUUUGGAGUCGUCUGUCGCACCUGUGGCCUAUCCUGGCGUGCGGAGACAGUCAAGAAACCAAAGCGUCAUGGGUCCCUUCGUCGACGACUAUCCAUCCUGCCAAAGAAGGUCAAUCCGUUGCACAAGCUGCGCCACACGCGGUCGAUGAUCCAUCUCGGUUUGUCUCGUGAUCAUGUUCCUGAGGAGUCCCGUCCUGGAACCGCACUGUCUACAUCUCGCUCGGUCUUCAACCUAAGGUCAGCAUCAGAUCCGCAAGCGAAGGGCGCGAAGCCUGAGGAGCAGGCACAAGGCGCUGAAGUCAGGUUCUAUGGUAUCGAGUGCACCUGUGGCAGUGUCACAGAUUCGAGCUCGAUAUGCUUCCAGGUUGUCGAUGUACCUAAGGUUGGUGAUGGAAUGGUCCACAAGAAGCAGAAGAAUGUGGAAGCCACAAAGGCAGCAGAACCAAAGUCUACGCCUGGCUUGCGGGUUAAAAGUCACGGUACACCUGUGCUGCAUCUCAAGGGUGGUUCCCAUCCAAAUCCUCUCUUGAGUAACCCAGUCCAGCAGUACAGCCCGCCAUAGAGACAGUUGUCGUUGAGUAUGAAGGAGUAUUCUCCGGUCAUUUGCCCCUUGAAAUGUCCGAUGUCCAGUG